AUGGUGAUAAUUUCAUCGAUACGAAUGAAACGUGGGUUUUUAUUAAAUAUAAAUGAUGGAAAUAAAAGGGACGAUAAUUCUGAUGCCACCGAAAAGUCCAUUAUUAAAAAUUAUAAACUAGAUAAAAUAAUAGGCACAGGCAAUCUUACAGAAGUUUAUUUAGCAUAUAAUACAAUUAGUGGGAAUUGUGUUGCUGUUAAAGUGGCUAAUAAAACUAAAUUAAGAGCAUAUCGCAAAGAAGAGGAUAUUUUAAAUGAGAAGAAUAUUGGACUACAAUUGAAUAAUCCAGGACAUUCCAAUGUGUUAAGAUUAUUAGAAACAUUUGUUGAUAAAGAAAAUGUUUAUAUUUCAUAUGAAUAUUGUCAAUAUGGUGAAUUAUGGCAAUAUAUAAUGCCAUUUGGCUUUAAACCUGAAAGGACAGCUAAACUAUACCUGGCUCAAUUAUUAUUAGCAGUAGAAUAUAUACACAGUAAAAAUAUUGUACAUCGUGAUAUUAAAGCUGAGAACUGUUUUUUAUCAUCUGACAAAACAUUGAAAUUAGGAGACUUUGGCACUGCACUAGCAUUAAGCUCUACAAAAUGUACAUCAAAGAACUGUAAAUUAUCAUGCCCAUGUCGUUUUAACAUGGUACGUGGUAGGAGACAAUUCAAGUAUUAUGUUGGAACUCCUCAAUUUAUGGCUCCAGAAAGCAUAAAAAACCAACCCGUAACUUUUUCUGCUGAUAUUUGGAGUUAUGGAUGUACAGUAUUUCAGGUUUUAAGUGGAUUUCCACCAUUUAAUGCACCUAGUGAAUUUUUGGUCUGUUGUAGGGUUUUAGAUCUCAAGCUUAAUUUUCCACCAGAUUUUCCUAAAUUAGCCAAAGACUUAGUAUUAUCUAUUUUAAAAAAAGAUCCAUAUGAGAGACCUACUAUCAAUGCGAUCAAACAACACGAAUAUUUUAAAGAUAUAAACUUUCAAGAAAUACACAAAGAGUUUAUAAGUUCAACACAAUUAUUAAGUUUAACAGAGCUCUGUUUGCUAAAAAUGACAGAAAGCUACAAGGGCCAGUUCUCUGAUGAAUAUAUUGACAACUUAAAUUUGUCAAUUAAUACAAAAUUAAGCUUAAAAAGGCUUAAUUACGAUAUACAGCGCAGGAUAUAUGAAGGUCCUAGAGAUACAUGGGAGGAAGAGUUUAUACAUCAUAUAAAAUUAAAAAAUGAUAGUACAAGUGAUUUAAAUAAAUAA